AUGACCCUCCUGGCCCGCACCGCGCCGCACCCCAACUCCAAGCUCCUCGCGACCCAGUGGCUGGCCCUCUACCAGCAGGGUCCGAAAUGGGUCCCGCCGCUCGUGCACGCCGGCGCGCUAGCCAACCUCUACCUCGCCUUCCUCGCGUCGCACCACCACUACCAGCACCAGCACCACCAAGCAACGCAAAGCACGGCCCUCCACCUCGCCGCCGCCCUGGCCACCCUGGCCCUCCUCCCGCUCACGUUCGCCUACUUCGAGCCCGGCGUCAACGGCGCGUGCAAGUGGAAGGUCGAGCGGCUGCUGGUGGAGGAUGGGUUCCGCCUCUCGCCGCCGGCGGCAACGGCACCGGCGCGGUGGAAGGGUGUGGGCGUGGUGGUGCGGCGGUUGCCGGUGUCGGUGCGGCGGCACUCGGCGACGGAGGGCGCGAAGAGGUGGGCGGAGGCGGCGGACAUGCGCGAGUUGGUGCUUGCGUGGGCGGCGAGGAAUCACGUUCGCUGGGUGAUGGGGUUGGUUGCGGGGGUGUUGAGUUCUGUGGCGAUGAGGACGAGGGGGGGUGUGGAAUGA